GUGAGGUUGCAAACUCUACGAGGAGAGUUGGAGACUAUGCGGAUGAAAGAGAACGAGAAGGUCAUCGAGUACAUUAAUCGGGUGAUGACCAUAGCAAACCAUAUGAAGAGAAAUGGUGAAACCGUAAGUGAGAGUCGGAUAGUAGAAAAAAUUCUACGAACACUUACGGACAAAUUCGAGAACGUGGUAUGCACAAUCGAAGAAGCUAGAAAUAUUGAGACGCUUACCAUUGACGACCUGUCGGGGUCGUUGGAGGCACAUGAACAAAGAAAGAUGAAGCAACUAGAAUCGCUAGAAGAGGCAUUACAAACUGUGGUGGUAGAGGAGAAGGCAAUGUAUGCCCAUCAACCGAGAGGUCGAGGCCGAGGUCACUUCCGUGGUCGGGGCCAAGGAAGAGGAGACUACAACCGAGAGGAGAAUACCCACCAGAACCGGGAGGACCAACAUCGCCCGACCUGGAGAGGCCGAGGUCACUUCCGUGGUCGGGGCCAAGGAAGAGGAGACUACAACCGAGAGGAGAAUACCCACCAGAACCGGGAGGACCAACAUCGCCCGACCUGGAGAGGCCGAGGCAGAGGAGCUGCCCGAGGCGGUCGGGGAGGCAGACCCGAUGGGGAAUGCUACAAUUGCGGGAAACGGGGACAUUUCGCAAGAGACUGUUGGUCGAAACCAAAACCGGAGGAGAAUCUAAAUGUUGCUGAGCAUGAGGAUGAUGAUGGAGAUGAGGAAGGAGUGCUCUUACUAGCACACAAAGAAGGAAGCUUAACAGACGACGCUACGUGGUACUUGGAUACCGGGGCGAGCAACCACAUGAGUGGUUAUAAACAUUUAUUCACUGAGUUGAAGGAGGCUGAGGGAGGAAAUGUAUCUUUUGGAGAUACAUCAAAAGUAGUUAUCAAAGGCCGAGGAAAGGUUA